GCAAAAGAGGCGACUCCUCCCCCAGGCAAGCGUGCACGAAAGCGCAAGCUACCGCCAUGCCGCUGCAUCUCCAGCACCACAAGUCCUAUCACCCGUACAACCGCGAAAACAUUGAGCGGGUACGGCGCGAUGAGGAGCUUGCCAAGGCGCAGGAGCAGGAGGCUGAGCAGCAGUCCCUGGUCGCCGACUCCGAGGCGAGAAUUGAGCUGCUGAGGCAGAAAAGAGCCGAAGCGGCGGCUGGAGGCGAUCGCGACGGACGGCUCAAGGCUGCUGAACGGGAGCUCGACGGCAAGGCUGGCUCUUUGGAGAAAUUUGACGAGGCGCAGAGAGCAAAGAUCGGCGCACAGGACGUCGAUUCCGCAAAGAGAACCCAUUCCGGCCACAUCAACUUUUGGGCCGACUUGGAGCAGAAGACCUCGAGCUCUUCCUCUCCCUCUGUCUCAACUGGCAAGCGAUCAAGAGACCGGGUCGAGAGCGAGGCAGAUGCACGCCGCAGAAAGCUCGAAGAACAGGGGGCCUGGUUCCUGGGCAAACCCGCCAAAGACAUGCAGCCUUGGUACACAAGCGAAGACCUGAAGAGCGGGCAGGAGCGCAAGAAGACGGAGGAGCAGCGGCUCGAAGAGGCCUACAAGGACGGCGUUCGCAAGUCGAGCGCAGAUCCUCUCAAGCAAAUGCCACAACCAGCCAAGGGUUCCUCUUUUAGCCACCUGUCUGGGACAUCGCCAUCGCCCUCGACCUCCAAGAGCCCCGGCUCCACGAGUAUGGACGAUCUACGCGCACAGGCUGCAGCUCGAGAGGCUGCCGAGAGAGCCAAGGCCGAUGCGCUCAUCGCUCAACGACAAAAGGCUGCUGGCUUCCGAAUUGAAGAGACGCCGGUCAGAACGGCCGAAGGGUACAGCGACCAAUUCAACCGCGAGGACGUCAGGGCAGCCAAGGAAGCGAGCAGGCAUCGGCAAGAGAGACACUGGCGUGAGGAAGAGGCCCAGGCGAGGAAGGAUUUUCAAAGUCGCCCGGAGCUAACCGACCCGGGCGGCGACAAGGUGACAUUGUGGGAUGGCCAAGGGGACCAAGUGAUCAAGGUGAAAGAAGAGGAGGGAGGGAUGGAGGAGUCCGGCAUGAGGGGCACAGACGAAGGAGACAUGAUGACGAUGACAAUCGCAAAGAAAGAAGAGGCGAGUGGGGCGGAAGACACCUUACUAGCAGAAGUGCCAGACGAUGAGGAGAGCGUGGAGGCGGGCAACGAUGACAGCUUUGGAAGCUCAGAGCAGCAGGAUGGACGCCGUCGUCCCCGCGAAAGCAUGUAUCCUGCGAUUCUCGGAGAGAUGAUCGCAACAGUGCUUGAGCACGAGGACCACCUCUUUGCAAAAUCGGAACAUCGACUUCUGCGAUCCUACUUCGAUCUCGAUUACGAGUCACGACACCUGCUUGCCCGAUUGAUACAGCGUAGGCCCAGCUGGCACAGGAUUGACAAGCUGCGCUACAACUUCGACGUCAAGGAUGUCGAAACAGCUGUCAACAACUUGUGCAGCCUGCCUCUGCCUGCACCGGAGAAAGAGGAGGUAGAGCAAGACGAAGGGGACGUGCCGCGGCGCUUCUGCUUGGGCACUGACGACAUGUGCGGGGGCGAAGAGGAGGCGUUGGGACUGCUCAGCCUCGACGAACUCAAGAGCCUGGCAAAAAACAUGAACAGGCUCAAGGGUAGUGCAACGACGACAAAGGCGUCUCUCAUUGCUAGCCUGCUCGUCACAAAAGGUCAAGGCACACUCUUUGGCUUUGCAAACAAGUCGAAGGUCAACGUAGGCAGCGUAAAAAAGGGAGAUGAUACACCAAGAAAAGACCCUAAACAGCCGACGCUCUUUGCCACUGGGAGUCGAAAGAAACAGCAGGAGCAACAGGAACAAAGCCAGAGCGCCGUUCUUCGACAGCAGCUCGCCGUCAUCAUCGGGGGAUGUGUCAAGCUGUGUCCCAACGCUAAGCGCCUCAUUGACCGUGUGGCGCUCGUCUACUACCGUGGAAUGCAUCUCGGUGGCUCUGCCCUAACGACGGCGGUCCUCUCUCGAAGUCGAAGACGCAACUUUCCCGCCUACGAGUGGGUCCGAUCCAAGGAUCUCUUCGUCAGCAGAAAGCACCUCGUCGCCUACGAAGGAGCGCUGGCCAUCGAAACGCAAAUGGACGAGCUCAUCGAAUGGGACGGGAGCAAGGACGGCUUCUCCAGGGCGCUAAAGCUCUUUGAGGGCUGCUACGGCCAAUGGCAAGAGGCCGUUGCCGAGGUCCUUGCAUCGAAGCCACAGGGGAUCGAUCGGAUGACAUACCACCGAAUGCGCUUUCAUCCAGGCUGGCCUUUGACCAGAAUUGUCUACAAAGGCGCCUCGGUCAUGGGCCGCUUCAAGCUGUAUGCGCGCGAGAAGGAGGUGCUUACGGCCCUCUUGGACCAGCGCGUAUUUCGACGAGGAAGGCGAGGCGACUGGUAUGAUCGCCUGGCCCUUGUUCUAGCCCACUAUCCUAGCCACGACGACGCUCGAAAGGCGAGGCGAGAGGCCCUCGCCGUUGCCGUGGCGGGCAUCGAGGAUGCCGAUACGCAUCUCAUCUACCACGAUACGCUCCAGAAGCGCAUCGUUCGCCUCGAGAAUCAGCUCAAGCUGCCGUUCAGCGAGAAGCACGACUUUUCCUACGCCAAACUCAAGCGGUGCGAGGAGAAGCACUUCAAGGGCACCAGACUCGACGUGAUGAUGCCUGAGAAGAUGAAGACGGGCAUCUUUGGCGUAGAGGUUCCCGUUUUGCCCUCCUGGGGAAAGGCAAAGCGACCUAGUAUCGAUGGCAAGAGAAGUGCUUCCGACUCCUCGUCGACCUCGUCGACCUCUUCUGCAUCUGAUGGACAGGCGCGCUCGGCGUCUCCUGCAGCCGUGGGAUUCAGGGAACGUGCGCCGUUGCGCAAAGUCGUCAAGGUGGAGAAGAGGGGCGACUCUGAGGAGCAAGUGCAAAUCGAAAGGCGUGAGGUCAAGGCGGACAUGCACAGUGUCUGGCGGGGCCUUGAUGGGCAGCCGUGCCGCGUCGAAAUGCUUGUGCUGCAGGAGUACAUGCAUCUCGGCUACAAAGGAUUUCACUGCGAGGGGGGAGUCCUGACCAUGCUCUUUACUCUUGUCAUGUGGGACGUCGUCUUUGCUCCCCUCGAGGGCGCUUUCGAAACACCCUACCAGCGUCAGCCACUAGACCUCGACGAGGACUCGUUUGCCAUUGCCCGCGCGCCCUUGAUCAGGGACCGUCUUGCCCACAUCGAAGAGACUGGCGGCUUGGACAAGAUUGCAGAGGCCGACGAUCGAGAGAGGUCAAACAAGACAUGGGCCAUGGCCUGCCGUUGGGACAGCUUCAGCAAGGAAGACCUCCUCGAGAUUGCAGAGUGCAUGGGCGGCAGGGCGCUCUCGGUCGUGUGCCAGACGCUCGCCGAAGAAUGGGGUCACUGCACCUCAGGUCUGCCCGAUCUCGUCGUGUGGCGCUACGAAGACAAGAAGGUCAGAUUCUGCGAGGUCAAGGGGCCCGGAGAUCGCCUCAGCGACAAGCAGAAAGUUUGGAUCGAUAUUCUCUCAAGAGCUGGCUGUCAGGUCGAGGUGAGCCUCGUGUCGGCACACUAGCAAGCGGACAUCCAUGCGCAGCGCCCAAGAUCAUGCAGCAGCAUCGGUGAGGCUCAACUCAUCACAAUUGUAACUUUUCACCCACAUUGUUGUUCACAUUGCACGUCAUGUAUUUGUAAGCCAGCCACUAGACUCAUUCUGCAUCCUUCUUCAG